CUGGUUUCUUCCAGGAUUCGGACCCAGAGGAUGACCAGGAGCGACCGAGGACGAUGAAGGCGAGGCGAGAGACGAUGGACGGGAGUCCUCUUCCGGCCAGGAUGGACCAGUCGAACGAGGCCGAGGAACCCGAGCUGACGAGCCUCUCCUGGCUCCAGUCUUUGGACAUCACCAGCGUGUCGAACCUGCCGACACCCCCGCGUUCACCGUCGCCGUUUUCCCAGCAGCAGUCGCCCCCGCCGCCGCUACCUCCACCACUUCCUCCACCGCCCUCCCAGGGCGGACAUCGGGCCCCCAACAAGAUGUCGCCCUUGCUCAAGGCGGAACUGGACCUUGCGGAGAACGCUGAAAAGUAUCGACGGGAUGCCGACGCGAAGCCUCCCUUCUCCUAUGCAACGUUGAUCUGUCUCGCGAUGAGGGCCAAUGAUAACAAGUUGACCCUGUCCAGCAUCUACAGAUGGAUCAGGGAGAACUUCACGUUUUACAAGAAGGCGGACCCUGCGUGGCAGAACUCGAUUCGCCACAACUUGUCGCUGAACAAGUGCUUCGUCAAGCUGCCCAGGGCGAAGGACGAGCCAGGAAAAGGUGGCUUUUGGAAGCUGGACUUGGACAGACUGGAAGAAGGUCGUCGCUCGAAAAGACGCGCCUCCUCGCAGAGGGCCAGAGCCGGGAAAACGGGCUCUUCAGGGUCUACCGGGAUCCUCUCCAGGGUCCAAGGAAACCGGGACACCCGCCCCAAAGGAGCAGGGAAUCCUCAGGGACUGUAUGAGACUCCUCCCAGCAGCGUUUCGCCUCCCAUCCCGGAAAGCCUCUCCGAGGUCCCUGAAUCGACACAGGUCAGCCUUACCGAGGACGACCUCACGGGACUGCUGAUCGCGACUGUCGGCUGGGACGAGAAUCAGCUGGACCUUCUGGACUCUCUCUUGGAUUCCCUCUAAAGGGAAAAUCUCGUUACGGAACCGGAUGAUCGCUUGGAGUGGGAUUUUUUAAUGGGUACCCCUGAAAAGGAAAGAACCAGCUGAUGAAAGAGGUCCUACUUAGCGAUGAGCAAAAUUGGUCUUGGACUUGAAAAUUUAGUUAAGACUUGGCCUUGCGGUCUUGCAGAAAGGGCAAUUGCAGCCUUCACCUUACAGUUUGGCACUUACUAAUAGUUCAAUUGCAAAUCGGUCUUGGUCGAAGCACUUUUCGCAACACUAAGACCAAGACCGAUUUUGCUCAUCGUUAAUCCCGGUUGCUGGAUGCGAGAAGUCUGGAUGAAAUUGCGAGUAUUCACGGUCAUUGACGAGCUCACUUAUCGAAAGUAUUAACGACCGAGUACCGUCGACGGACUGCGUAAUUAUAGCGGACGAGGUUGAUUACCGUCAGGUGCCUGAUUGAAGUCUCUCUUUUUUAAGGGUGCCUCCUGGUUGGCAUUCCAGAUUCGACAUCGAGGUGCGCGAUGGGCAAAACCAGCAAUCGAGUCUCGGUAAAAGGAAUGCAAAAUGUUUCUUUCGAAUCGAGAAGCAACCAGGAGACGUCCAAGUGCAGCGAGAAUUCCUGGCAACGAGGGCUGCCACUUUCUUUUUUUUUUUUCACGAAUUCUUUCUGCACAUCGGUGAGUUUUAAAGCGGAGGAGAAAGUAUGACUGCAAAAUCACUACCAGGGUUUAUUCCUGGCUAAAGUUCCAAUUAUAUCGUCGCUUCGAUGCGGCCGUCGGUGUUUCAAGGGAGAUCAUUUCCGUCCAAACAAAUUGUACCUCUUGGAACGCCGCCACUUGUCGAAGCACGAUUAAGGUGGAGUGAAACCCUCAUCAGAUCAGUCGACUCUAAGACACUUUUUUUUUUUAAGGGUAUUGAAUAUCCGUCCGAAACUUUGACACAUGACUCGUGAGCUCCUAGGAAUUGUACAAGAAUUUACGGCACUCUGUUAAUCGAGAAACUCGCAUUUUAACGGAAUAAAGUCUAAAAAAGUGUCUUAUGCGCUGCUAUGCUAAAACGACGGUAACACGAGGCCUCGGAGUGAAAAUUUAGUUGACACGGAAAUCACAGAUGGCUCAGAGGUAUAAAAAGCGAACGUCGGCAAGGUUGGUGUUUAGAAGAUUCUUUUUUACCGACUUUUAAGUUCCUCGACGUGUUUCACUUCACCAUAAGUUCUCCGGGCUCUCCUCCGCUUUGCGUCGAACCCUUUCUAGCGUUAACUGUCAAGUUCUGUGAAUUGUUCUCAAAUAGAGUUAGGGUGGUGUCAGCACACUGGUGGAAAUUGUCGAGUCGGUGUGUGUGUUUUGCGCUCUAGCUCACGCCUUUAAAGAGUCCGUCCAGAGAUAACGUUAGUAUUAAGCUAAAGUGUAAUAACUGAGUACAGUAUGCCAUCGUCGCGACGAACUACAAGGUGUCGCCUCGAUCGAUCGCGACGUCGACUGCGUCUAUAUAUUAUUACAGUGUAUAGAGGAUUCACGUGCCUUUAAACCAGAGUCUUAGAGGAUUCUUUGUGUGUCCGAGUUAUCAGUGGCUAAGUAAAGUCACAGACACGGUGGUCGACGUGCUCAAGCCUUGCGCCGCCUACCUUUUAAUGCUAUCGAGUUUCUAUCAGUUCGGAGUUAUUUACAGUGCGAAAUAUAGAAUAAAGAAAACCUUAAGCCUGGGUCAAUUACGCGAACACCUAACCCUUAUUUACUCGGCACUUUGUUACAUAUAUCAUGAUACGAAAGAGGCUAUAUACAUCUGGGAGGUCAAAUCGCAUGGGAAAGUACUUCCCGAAUUGGGUGUAUGUGCCGAUUAGUUACAAAUUUCACCACGGAAAUGUGGAGGCCAUAAAGUAGGUCCUGAGACUCAUGAAACAUCAUUUGUCUUUAGGGGACGUGGCUACUCAUCUUCUCUCUGGUAUGAAGGUAACAUAAAGUCCCGCAUUAAUGUAAUUUACAUCACCUGAGACGUGUAACGUAAAAUGCCUAGUAAUUUACAGUAAAAAAAGAAUUACGUAAAUUACCUAGGGCAUUUUACUCGCCCAACCCUGCCGGUACUCCGUCAUCGAGCAUUGAAAUCACCGAGGCGCUCAAAUUAUUAUUAGAGCAAAUAAAAGGAACGAUAUUCCGGAUUACGCACUCGUUACGACUCAUUAGUAUGCGUACUCCUUUUCUGUUCCUUUUUUUUGUCUCUCUUUUCUUCAUAUUUACGCAAUACGCACGCGUUACAGGGUCACACGUGAAUCACGAAGUGAGCGGUGGAAACGAUGCGGUUAACAGGCUAACAAUAAUUGUAUCUUUGAUGGAGGCCGAAACUCGAUUAUGACGCCAUAAAAGGAUGUAAGCUCUUCCUAGACCGUCGACAGGUGACGAGUCGAACAAUAGAAUCGCUCGAGGGGCCUUGCGCGCGAUUUCUGUCGUUAACUCAUUCGACGACUGGCCAAACACCGGUUAAUUCGUGGUUAUCACCUGAAAAAGCAUUUCGCGACGGAUAUGGAUGGACUGCACGCACGGAGCGAAUGAUAAGAAUCGGUUUACGAUGUUUACGCUAGCUAGUAUUGUCUGAGAGAUAUUUAUACACGUCGCAAGGUACUCCAGGAACGAAAAAGUUCCCUAGGUCGA